GUCCUCCUGCUGCCGCUGCCAUGGCCACCACGAGCUUUCGGCCCAAAUGUGGUGUCCCCUUCAGAUUAGCCACAUUCGAGGUGUACCAUGGUUGGCUGGCAUGAGCUGAAAUGCAGGAUCGCUUGCGGAUCACUGUAAUAUGUACACGGCUACCUGUGAAGAGCAGUGCCUUUUACCCCCUCCUGGCCGUGGUCACCAGCAGCAUUCAUCAACAUUGCAAGUCGCAAAGGUCAACAAUGAAUGGCUACGACGCCGCGCAACAUGCCUUCUAUACAGUCUUCCUGACGUUGCAUGCCGUAUACUACGGCUGCGAGAUCGUGACUCGGACUCCGUUGACCAAGCUCGGCCAGGAAGUGAGAGCAUUGCCAAAACGAAUGGCAUCUUCUUUGACCUCGAAAUCACAUCCUACCCAAGACGAAAAUGAAGUCAUAGGCUCGACGGAAGCAGCACAGGUCGAUCAAUCAAGUGGUGCGGGGAACGAUGGGGCCGAAGCUCCCACCAAGCAAGGCCAGCUCGUUCACAUCGACAGUGCACAAGAAGAACGAAUCGCAAGUCAAAUUGUGCGAAACUCCAAACUGCCCCUAUUUGCGUGGAUCAUUUGCCUUCCAGGCUGGCUGUGGGCCUUUAGCAUCAUCCCGGCCUUGCUACAGCUACUCACGAAUGUAGCGCCAGGACAUGCUCUACCUCUGACCACACUCGUAUCGGACUGGAAUGUCAACAGGACCAUCGGCUCAGAUAUUCGCCUUCUCACCGACGUCAACCCUGACAUAGGGGGCCUUGGAAUUCGGAUUGGAUUCUAUAUACCGUUCGGCUUGGCCUUCUUGACACUUGUAGCUGGCUUGUUCCACAUGGAAGACAGUGCCGCCAAGGAAAUUGGAAGCGCAUUGCUGAUAACUGAGUCUUCACCGUGGAGCCAACUUACGCAGAUGCAAGAUGGCGGACUAUUGACCUGCUGUCCAGCACUCUUCUAUAUCAACUUCAAUUCAGUCAAAGCCGCAACUCCAGGGUACAAGCAGCUUACCUUUCCCGAGGUGGUGCUUGUAUAUAUAAGCCUUGAUCUUGCGGCCGCCACAUUGCACAUGACGACUUCCGCAAAAGAUACUCUCGCGGCGCGGAAAUUCAUCUUCGCCUCCACACUCAACCAGUUGGUUGCCUACGGGAACAUCAUAGCCAUGCUCGCCCGCAUACGGCACAACUACAAGGGUCUAGACUGUACUCACCUCGUCUGGUGGAGCCGAAUCGAUUCCUGCACAGGCCCAUCCGAACCAGUGUGGAUGCAUAUCGCUAUACGUGGCCUGAUCCUCUUGCAUGGCAUUUGGCUCGACUGGUGUCACACUUUCAGCUUCGAUAGCAUCGAGGAAGAUUGGUCAGAGCCAGCCCCGGCCGACCAGGAUACCGAUGAUGACAAAGGCGAGAUAUCUAAAUAUCCUUAUGCUUCCUUACCGGGCACGGUCUUUUCGAAAUGGGUCGACUGGCUGAACUCUACAAUAGUCGCGAUAUCCAGUCUGGAGGUGAUUGUGGCUCGGCUUCCACCAGACGCCAGCAUCACUGACUGGGGCCAGAGCGCAGCUCUCGUACUUGCCAUUGCAGGUGCAAUACACUGGUUCUACGUGUUGACAUGGCAGGUAGGCCGCAAGUUGUGGAAGGGCCGAGAGACACGUGCGCUUAAUUUCCCUCGCUACCACAAAGACUGGAAUCCGAGCAUCACUGGCACUGGCGACGAUCUCAUCCGUGCAUCAAAGGCUGGAGACUUGAAGAAGAUCCGUCGCGCAUUGAAGCAUGAUGCGAAGAUAAAUUAUGUGGACCCCAACGGCCGUAUGACUGCCUUGCUUUACGCCGUCCAACGAGAUCAUGUCGACCUCGUUCGAGAGCUCAUGUCGGCAAAUUACAAGGCCAGCCCGUCUGUACCACAGACGAGACCGGCAUUGCUAUUUGCAGUUGAGAGCGGCAGCAAAAAGACACUGAGAUUCUUCACUGACACCAAAAAUCUCAGUUUGAGUGAGCUGGACAACGACAGAGAUGCGAUCUGGUUUGCGACGCGGUACGGACGGCUGCAAACGAUCGAGCUGCUCAUCGAGGCCUGGAAGAAGAAAUCACCGACCGAUGGCAUCAGGACUGCACUCAAGCUCGCUGAUGAGCGCCGGGAGCCAGUACUAGCGGUAGCUGUUGAGGCACAGCAUGAGGAAGUGGUGAAAUAUUUGGUCAAACAACUUCGCGACGCCAAGUUGACUCCUUCAUAUGCUAAAGCGCUGGCAAAAGCAACGCAGCUGCGUGAUGAGACUGCGCUAAAUGCCUUGCUCACAUUCAAUCCGAACCCAGAGACUAUUCGGACGCCACUGUGCCAGUGGCCCCUGCUGCAUGACGCUAUUGCAACUCGGAAGGCUGACAAUAUCAUCGAAUUCUUGGCUAAGUCUUACCGCACCAUCCUCAACACUGUUGACGUGUUUGAUGCGGUGGGCCGGACUCCACUUGGACUUGCUGCAAUACAUAAUGACGAGGAUACUGCCAGUUUACUUUGGGAUUUGGCGCCGAUCCAUUCGCGAAGAGACCGAACGACACCAAAGAUGGGAAUACACCGUUCCUAUUGGCAUAUAAAGAAGCCAGAAGCCGUGAGGCUGAUUUCAUAUGGCCUGAGGACGAGGACUAUAUAAGGUCGCCGUGCCAUAGGAUGAUCUGGAGCGUGUUAGAUACGCAAGCAUUCUUAAGCAAAUUACUGGCUCUCCCCGAGGAUGUUCUGGGAUGGCUCUUCAAACUCGACUUUCUUCAUUUUGAAAGAAAAGUAGGACGUACACCCAUGCCAAUGCUGAUCCAUGCGCUCAAAGCUCCGACCGCCACACCUCUGAAGUGUCUUUUCCAUCACCCUGAGGCGCUUUCCAAAACCAUUCUGUUACGCCUUCCGUUGGAUUGUUCAGCAAUAUGCGAGGCAGAACAUAGCGAACGGAAUCACAACAUCAGAACCAGAGCUUCGUGUCGAGAUAGCUGGGUACUUAGACAGACAACUUUCGCAAAUGCCGGCUGACUUUUUGGAAACGUGUGAGGGAAAACUGGGACCUGCUGGUCCCUGGAAUGACAACUUACCCGAGAUUGGUGAAGUAUUUCGGAAAUACUCUUUCACUGUGGAGAAGCAGUGGCAAGAACCUUCGAAUUCGAGUUAUAGUGACUAUUGCAGAAUGAGAAAGAUUUGAUUGGAUCACUGAGGGAAGAAAUUGGCGAUGGGGCUCUCACUGGAACCUGCGAUGAUGCGGGCAAAGUCCAUCGCAUGUUCCAGAAGAAUCGCAACGAGGUGGGGCAAGGAAAGCAGCAUCGAUUGCUGCUUCGUGCUUCAUUGCUGUUACCAAUGGGCAGCGUUCCGAAUGCUACACAGUUUCGUGACUGGAGCACUAGGCCAUUUGGGAUGCCCUGAUUUGUCUCGCGUCGAAAAAUAGGCCAUGCUACCAUCCACGCCAGUCGCUUCGUGUAAAUGCACUUUUCACGGCGGUACGGUAUGCAACCGACAGUUCGCUGAUCUUCUGCGGCCCUGUCGACGAUCAGAUUCAAGGUGCGCAAGCGGCGAGUCGAG